AAUCAAAGCUGCCCCGCCGAAAAUCAUCACGACUGCAUAACAAGAGCACCAAACAUGUCUGUCUUCAGCUUCUCUUUCGGUGGCGAUGACAUAGAAGAAGACAAUUCUGUGCCAGCGCCAGAGCCGCCUUUCCCUUCAUCCAACCAUGCCGCCGAAACGGGAUCUCUACGCCGGGUUUCCACCGCAUUUCCAGUCAGUGGUCAGCCAUUGCUACAGCCUCAGAAACAUGAUCUAGUGACCAUGUUGAACGCACUUCCCUCGAAAAUUGCGUAUGGGACCCUCAAUAUCAAACUAGAUGAUGGCCAAGAAAUCUUACUGCCAAGGAGAGAGCUUUGGGAUGUGCGAGUGCAAGUGAUGGCCGAAGACGACGACGAGAGUCUGGGUAACCUUGGGAAGGAUGAUGUAAGGACUGGAGUCUAUGAAGGGGGGUUCAAGAGCUGGGAAAGUUCCGUGGAUGUGGUCAAGGAGAUGUACAAGAGGAAAGACCAGAUCCUUUCUGUUCAAAGGAUGUUUCUUGAGGUACGGCAACCCACCUCGGAAUGUUCUUGGUCACUGCUGAUAUCCUUAGCUCGGAUGUGGAACUGCCCUUCCGUCGCUUGCCGUUUUCCAGUGGCUUCUCCAAAGUUCACAUCUUUCUUCUGCUGGAAGACUUGAGCUGGGUCUUGCCGAUUACAACCCAACAGUGCUCCAGCUAGUCACACUGCCAAACCUGUUAUUGUCAUGGGCGUAUGUGACACGAACUGGACUUUGGGAGACUGAGGGUGAGAUCGAAAUUGGUCCGGAAGUCGUGGAACAGUUCCUUGCGUCGCUCAAAACCCACGGUGUAGCGUUAUCCUUUUUCUCCGGUGCAUGGAGUCCCGAAUUUGUGGCCUUGGUAGACCAGAGUACCCUACCACGACCGUCCAGGCUUACUAUUGUUGGUGCCGAAACUAUAUACUCUCCUGCUGCUUUGUUGUCCUUUGGAGACACUCUUAUGAGUUUGUUGGAAUUUCCAGGAUUGGAAGAAAGAAUGUCAUUCAUUGCAGCCAAAAAAGUAUAUUUUGGCGUUGGCGGUUCGAUGGAAGAUUUCUGUGAUCUUGUCCGAGGGAAAGGUGGCAUAGUGACCCAAAUCAGGGAAGAAUGUGAUGGGGUUCGACGAGCUGUUGUUGAAGUAACAAAGCCAUGA